AAAGGAGUCUAAACACAAAUCUGCCGUUAGCAUUGUUUUGAUUAUUUUUCAGGUCUGAUCUGAAUCUGGUCCAUCUCUUUCCGAUCCAAACUGUUUACCCAGGGGGGAGGGGAGCAGACAGCGAAAUGGAGACGCUACCAAUCAAUCCAGUGGGAGAGAAAAGCACCUCUGAACCGCAACAACAAUGGGGAGGGAACCCCAAGAAGAGCCUUCAUCCAACUGCUCAAACUAGGCAGCAGCCCCAAGAGCCUGGAGUUCUCGAGCUGAGAAUGAUCCCAGCUCCCAGCCAGCUUCUAGAGGUUCCUCCGGGGGCUGGAAAGCUGACUGCUGCGCUCGAAGGAGCCGCCGAGAAGCCCCGCGGAUCGGCGAGUGAGAUGCCAGCGCCCCUCCGCGCUCCGGAUCUCUGGGACUGUCCGGAUGGGAGCUUUGUCAAGAAGAUCGUAAUCCGUGGCCACGGCUUGGACAAACCCAAGCUGGGCUCCCGCUGCCGCGUACUGGCUUUUGGGUUUCCUUUUGGGUCAGGGCUGCCAGAGGGCUGGACAGAGCUAACUAUGGGCUUCGGCUCGUGGAGGGAGGGAACCUGGGGGGAGCUCACAGAGAAAUGUUUGGAGUCCAUGUGUCAGGGUGAGGAGGCGGAGCUGCAGCUCCCUGGGCACUCGGGACCUCCUGUCCGGCUCACACUGGCUUCCUUCACUCAGGGCCAGGACUCCUGGGAGCUGGAGGCCAGCGAGAAGGAGGCCCUGGCUAGGCAAGAACGUGCGCGGGGAACAGAGUUAUUUCGAGCUGGGGACCCAGAAGGGGCUGCCCGAUGCUACGGACGGGCUCUUCGGCUGCUGCUGACUUUACCUCCACCUGGCUCUCCAGAGCGCACUGUCCUUCAUGCCAACCUGGCUGCCUGUCAGUUGCUGCUGGGACAGCCCCACCUGGCAGCCCAGAGCUGUGACCGGGUGCUGGAGCGGGAGCCUGGGCAUGUGAAGGCCUUGUACCGAAGGGGGGUUGCUCAGGCUGCUCUUGGGAACCUGGAAAAAGCAACUGCUGACCUCAAGAAGGUGUUGGCAGUCGAUCCAAAAAACCGGGCAGCCCAGGAGGAGCUGGAAAGGGUAUUCUUUCAGGGGAAGAAACAAGAUGCAGGACUGGCUCAGGGUCUCCGCAAGAUGUUUGGCUGAUUAAAAGUUAACCCUUAAAAGGGACAGAAACCUG